AUGCCAGCCCAGUGGAUUGAUUGUGAUGUGAGUGAGUUUGAUUUGUCCAAGUUGGGCAAGUUUGAUGUGAUUCUUGCAGAUCCACCAUGGGAUAUCCAUAUGUCACUGCCCUAUGGUACUUUGUCAGAUGAUGCAAUGCGAGCGCUUCGCAUUCCGGCGCUCCAGGAGGAAGGUCUACUAUUCCUAUGGGUGACAGGACGAGCUAUGGAAUUAGGUCGUCAGCUGCUGAAGCAGUGGGGCUACACCAGAAUUGAUGAGCUGAUCUGGAUCAAAACCAACCAGAUGGAAAGGCUGAUUCGUACUGGACGGACAGGGCACUGGUUAAAUCACUCUAAAGAGCAUUGUUUGAUUGCGCUAAAGACGAAAGCGACGCAAAAAGAACAACGUGAUUCCUGGCCACCAGGUAGGCCAUCGCCGCUGCUUCCAUGGAUGCACGCGGGAAUUGGGACAGACGUUAUUGUGGCUCAAGUACGCGAUACAUCACAAAAACCUGAUGAAUUGUAUUCUAUGAUUGAGAGAAUCUGCCCAGGGGGACGUAAAAUUGAAUUAUUUGGACGACGUCAUAAUAUUCGUCCAGGCUGGCUUACAUUGGGCAACCAAUUGAAGAGCACACAUGUGGUGGAGCCAGUCUUGCAACACGCGCUCAUGCAACAAGACUCUGAUACAGCACGCCCAUAA